CUGGGCAUUGCACUGCAGCAUCGACUACACAGACAUCAUGGCGGAAUCGGACGACGAAGAUGACUACAUGAACAUGAUCUUUGAAGAUGCGCCAAAAGGACCAAAAUUCGAGACGUCACUCCAGCGCGCCGCGCGCAAACGCAAGGAGGGCGAGGCCAAAGCGCGACAGAAAACUAAAUCCGAACGUGAAGCAGAAGCAGAGGCAGCUCGGGAAGCAUCACUGGCGACUGCCUUGCCCGAGACUAACAAAGGCUUCAAGAUGAUGGCUAAGUUUGGCUUCAAGCAGGGUGAUGCGCUAGGCAAAUCCGAGAAUGCGCGCAAGGAGCCUAUACAAGUCAGUGUCAAGGAAGACAGAGGAGGCAUUGGACUGGAAUCCGACAAGAAACGCAAAAUCAGAGAGCAAUGGGCAGAAGCGGAGCGAGAGGCCAAGCGCUCCAAAGAGGAAGAAGGCGACUAUCUCGAGAUACGUCGACAGGAGCAAAAGGACAAAAAGCUGGAGAGGGACCUAGACAGUGCACAAAGGACAGCGGAACGAUUGACUGAGAAGGAAGCCGAGGACAAAGGUACCACCGAGCCAUUCGACAAGCCGCUGAAAGAUAUCAACGUCUUGUGGCGCAGCCGCGCGCGACGGAGGGUCGAGAUACAGCAUGACAAACAGCAGCGCCGCGAGCUUGAUAACAGCCUUGCUUCUCGGCUGCCUACUCUGGCUGAUGAGGACGAGGACAACGAUUCAAAGGUAGCGUUAGGCCAUGACUUGACGCCCUUUUACACCUCUCUUGAGCAUGAUCUCGAAGACGAAGAUCCUGAGUUGGCGGAGUUUGACGCUCUACCAGUGACGGAGAGACUUGAAAAGGUCCUUCUACAUCUACGGGGAGAGUUCCACUACUGUCUAUAUUGUGGUCAUCAAUACCCCGACGCAGAGAUGGAAGGCUGCCCAGGAGUGACCGAAGAGGAUCAUGACUGAGAGCCUUGUCAUGUAGGGCGAAGAACCCAAAUCAACCAUAUAGUUUUGAAGCUCUAGUCACAGCCUCGCCUUAUUCUAACCACCACGACGUUCUAUGCAUCCCGCAUCGACUUACUCCAUCAGCAGGCAGAGCGUUGUGCACAAAGCUGAACUGGAGAUCACUGACUGGGUAGUCGGUGAUCAGAGAAUCUGAUAAAGUUCUUUCAAGUAUAAACGUGUUCGUCUGCCUCCCCAGAAAGGGUUGCAUUCGAGGCACUCUGCAAACGAACGGCCUGGCGAGUUGAGCAUGAUCGAUAGAAUAACAAUAACGAUUCUGAGAUAUCGACCGGACUUUCAGUGACAUUGAAAUAGUCUUAGAGAUAAAAUUUACUUAAAAC